AUGGCGCAGUCCAAAAAGGUGCCCACGGCCGCGACGGCCACCGACCCGACCCGCAACGAAUACAUCCCGUCCUUCAUCUCCAAGCGACCGUUCUGGGCCGAGACCACGCACUCCAGCGACACCGACUACCUCGAGCAUCAGCGGCUCCAGUCGGCGCCCAAGGACACGCUCGACCAGGCGAAAUGGUACGAGCGGGGCAAAAAGGCCGGCCCGGCGGCGACCAAGUUCCGCAAAGGCGCGUGCGAGAACUGCGGCGCCAUGACGCACAAGACCAAGGACUGCCUGAGCCGGCCGCGGAAACUGGGCGCCCGCUGGACGGGGCAGGACAUCCAGGCGGACGAGGUGAUCGAGGACGUGCAGCUGGGGUGGGACGCCAAGCGCGACCGCUGGAAUGGGUACGACGCCCGCGAAUACAGCGCCGUCGUGCAAGAAUACGAAGAACUCCAGGCGCUCAAGAAGGCGACGAGUGGCCGCAACGACGCCGACGACGACGCCCGCAUCGCCGAGGAGACCGACAUGGGCCGCUCCCAGCCCACGUCGACCCGCCAGCUACGCCUGCGCGAGGACACGGCCGUGUACCUGCGCAACCUGGACCUGGACAGCGCCCGCUACGAUCCCAAGACCCGGUCGAUGGAUAAAUCCGAAAUGCCCGCGCGGGCCGAGGACGUGGACGUGUCCGAGGGGUUCCGCCGCCCGGACGCCGACGCCGACGACGCCGCCGCCUUCGAGGCCGCGCAGCGGUACGCCUGGGAGACGCAAGAUCGGGACUCGGCCAGCGCGCAGAAGCUGCACGUCCAGGCGAACCCGACGCAGGGCGAGAUCCUGCGCAAGAAACAGACGCAGGAAGCGGCCGCGAAGAAGGAAGCCACCAGGAAGGCUCUGCUCGAGCGGUACGGCGACGCGGCGCAGCCCGCGGCCAAGAAGCUCAAGUCCGGCGUCGUCGCGAACGAGCGGUACGUCGAAUACGAUGAGCAGGGCCAGAUCAAGGGCGCCCAGCGCACCGUCGCCCGGAGCAAAUAUCGGGAGGACGUAUUGACGAACAAUCACACCUCGGUCUGGGGCAGCUGGUGGCGAGACUUCGCCUGGGGAUACGCGUGCUGCCAUUCUACGGUGCGCAAUAGCUACUGUACGGGCGAGGAAGGGCGACGGGCUUGGGAGGAGAGUGAGGGCCUGAGGACAGGGCAGUCUUUGCUUGCGAUAGGCGAUGGUAAGACCAAAGAGGAUGUCGGAGUGGAAGUGGCCGAGCAGGACACGGGCACGGGCACGACGGUGGCGGUGACGCCAGAGGUAGAGCAGAGGUUGAAAUUACAGCAGGAUGGAGAAGAUGUUAGCGAGCGGAAGGAGACCGAAGAAGUGGAUACGACGAGCUUGGGGCACACGAAGCCUCGAACGCAUGCGAAGAAGCGGACGCUUCAAGAGCUGCAAUCGGGCAUAUCAGAGGAGGAGCUCGAGUCGUAUCAGAGGAAUCGUCUGGCGGCCGAAGAUCCCAUGGCCGGCAUGCUGGGCAAAGACGAACUCAUCAGGUGA